AUGAAGCUGGCAGUCGGCGUCGUCCUCGCGGCUAUCGCCUUUUGCUCCGUUUGCGCGGGCAAACCUUCCACGAGUAUUCGCUCUGAAUCGGCAUCGGAGUCGACAGCAGCGUCAGAUUCGGGCGAGUCGUGGGACUUCAGCUGGGAUGCCUCGGACUCAGCGGACGGCUCCGGCGCCGGCUGCGACCAAAUCUGCCCGACCGACUUCGACCCUGUUUGCGGAUCUGACGGCGUCACAUACACGAACGACUGCGCCUUCGGCAUCGCCCAAUGCAGAACACCGGAGCUGAAUAUGACGGCCACUGGAGAGUGUGCCGGCGGGUCCUUUGCGUCGUCCGUUAAAGGGUCGAACGCAGGCAGCGCCGCCGCAGCAUGUCCCGAUGCGUGUGUCGACGUAUACGACCCUGUGAGCGACGAGAGUGGCAAGACGUACAGCAACGAGUGCUACAUGCGGAUGGCUAAGUGCAAGAACACGGGAGACAACUCUGACAAGGCCGGUAUUGGUAGUCUGUUCGAGGACGGAUCUCAUGGUGUCAUCGGAAGCGCUAGCUCCGCAUCGAGCGCUAACUGCUCCGGUAGUUGUCCUGAUAUUUACUCGCCCGUAUGUGGCUCAGAUGGUGUCACCUACUCUAGCCCUUGUAAGCUAGAGCUUGCUAGCUGCAAGAACCCCAAGCUCAAGCUCGUCGAGGCUGACGAGGACGUUUGCGCUGGCUCGGAGGCGUCCACUUCGAAGCAGGAAACUGUAUCGGAGAAGGCGUCGAAGUCUACAAAGACGACUGUUUAG